AUGAAAAAAACAUAUGUGUUUGAUAUCGACGGUACUUUGAAAAUACCAAAAGAAAAAGAAGCGACGGAAGCAGUCAAAAACGCUUUGAAAAAAGAAGUGGAACAACGAAAUGAAAUUGUUAUUGCCACCGGCAGACCACUGAAGACAGCGCUUUGGUUCACCGACUCGUUGGACAUUCUUCCCAUCACAAUACUCACGUCGAAUGGAAAUUUGACUGUCAGAAAAUCAAUAGAUACGACAGAGGUAUUGUACUAUUCGCCACUCAAUAAAGAAAAGUGCAUUACUGUCGUUCGUGAAAUGGGUAGACUCGGGGUUCAGGCGUUUUUGGUAUUGUGCAAUGCACAAAAUAUUUUGACAGGCAAAACGGACGAUAACGUUCGAGUAAGAGAUUACAUCAGUGCUUUGGACAACAAGGCUAAUACUACAGAAAAAGCAAAUGAAGGUGAACCGUCAACACUGACCUUGUCGUCCCAAGAUACAGACAUUUCCUACGUGCCAGUCGACCCAGAAAAAGUGAAAGAAAUGCUUGACUACGAUAUUCUGAACAUUCAUGUACACCCAAAUACAAACGAACAAAUGAAUCUUGUUAUCGAAACUCUCAAACUAUUUGAUUCAGAUGACUUAAAAAUGGUUCGGUCAAGUGAUACAAUCGUCGAUAUCAACGACCCCAAAAACAGUAAAGGGACGUGCCUUGAAAAGUUGGGGUUUGGAGGAUUCUGUGUCUAUAUGGGCGACUCAGAAAACGAUAUUCCUGGAAUUGAGUGGGCUGUAAAAAAAAGUGGUGUGGGGGUUGCAAUGGGAAACGCUUUUGAUUCGGUAAAGGAAAAGGCAAACUUUGUGACAAAGAGUGUUGACGAAGACGGAGUUGUUUUUGCAUUAGACUAUGUCAACCAUUCCUUUAAGUAA